GGAAUUUUGGGGUUAGUCUACCACCUAAUGGUUAUUUUAAGUAACUGCCAUCUAAUGGCAAAACAGCGCGGUGCACACUGGGAGAAAUUGAGGAUUUGAUUUGAGUUAAUUCAUGGACAUUUAUUUGGGUUCUUGAGAAAACGGAGGAUUACCUCGACAUUUGGACAUUGAACAAUCGUGAGUAAAAACCUAUAUUUGAAUUGAUUUUCUUAUUCCUGUAUUAGAUCCUAAGGGCUGGGUUAGGCCCUACAUCUAACAAAAUGAUCUUAAUUUUCAAGGCCCCAAAUCCGCAGAGCAUUGGCGCACGAGAGCUCGCGGUGAAGGGUGAUCUCUCAGGGAACGUAACACCGAUGUUCAGCUAACGGACUUGCUGUGGCUAACGUUGGCUACUUCUUCAGUUUGUGAAAUUACAGUAGCCACGCUUGGACAAAAUGUCACACACUGGGCCUCCCCCUCGAUGGCGGAAUUGUCCUAGAAGAGGACAACCUGUAGCAGGUGAGUGGCGAAAGCUUGUUGUGUUGCUACAACAUUGGCUACAGUACUGGUGUUGUGGCGCACGAGCUACCUAGCUAACUGUCUCGCACACGGCAACUUGUCUCACAUUUUGUUAACACAAGUCAAUGAUUCAGACCUUUUUAUGACCUUUCGUUUGAUCAACUAUGUAUUCACUGGACGAGAACCGCGUGUCACCUUAGACUAGAGGCAAAACCCCAAUGCAAACACUGUUAGCUAACGUUAUGUUAGCCCUUGUAGAAGUCGAGUACAUCACGUGUCACAACAAACCAGCAUACAUAUCUAUUCGUGUUAAUAUGACGUGCUCAACAAGAAAAACAGACUAAAAAUAAAGCUAAAGUAAACACUAAUGGUCGGUGUUUCUAUAGCUACCCCAGCUAAGAAGGGUGUGUGUUUUUGUAGUUAGGAUUAGCUAGCCAGAUUAGGAUACAUGAAACGUCACACGCCAUUCGCUUAGAACCAUGAAAAUGAAUCAUGCUUACUAAGGGCGCUCCUUUUACGUUUUAUUUCAUGUAAAUGAGCUAAUAACCAUGUCAUGAUGUAUGGAAAACAUAGGACAGUGAGUGUAGAUACAUGAGUGGUACUGUUUUCAUGGUGUCUGUAUAUGUUGUGGUGACCAGUCUGUGACCCCUCUUACUUUCACUGCCUCACCAGGUAAAUUCCUGCCAAUGAAAACUAUGUUGGGCCCCAAGUAUGAUGACAAAGUGCCAGAAGAGAACAGGUUUCAUCCAAGCAUGCUAUCCCAGUAUUUAAAGAGUCUAAAGGUAUGUAUUUCCUGAUGUUGAAAUUUGUUUACUAGUAAUUUGUCUCUGUUUGGGAAAAUAUACAUUGUUUAAUGUCAACGUAUGUUUUGUGUCUUCUCUAGGUUAAAAUGGGUUUGCUUGUUGAUCUAACAAACACUACUCGCUUCUAUGACCGCAACGAGAUCGAAAAAGAGGGUGUUAAAUAUGUGAAGCUUCAGUGCAAAGGGUAUGUAUGAGUGACCUGUUUUUAAAACUCAAUAUUUAUUGUCCAUGUUUACAUAUAGAAUUGCCACUAGUUCAAAAUAAUGAUAUCAUUUCGUGAUUGAAUAUGUUGUGAUGAGUUCCUUCCUUGUUUAGCCAUGGAGAGUGUCCUUCAGCAGAGACCACUGCGAAGUUCAUCAGACUAUGUGAGCACUUCAUGGAGAAGACUCCAACUGAAUUGAUAGGUAAGGAAUGUUUGUACUGGAGCUGUACAUUUCUUCUUCAUUGUCGGACAAUGUCCCAGGGUCUGGCUUGUUGUUCACGUGGAAAAACAUGUUAUUUAUGAUUUUGAUAAGAGUCAAGAGGUGUAAUUCAGUUACAUUUAAACCUAUUGCAACAAUAUCCCAAAGAACAUCAGUCUCCUCUUUGGGGUGUUAUAUUAUAGCAUAUGCCUUCACAUCACUACAAAACAGAUUUUAAAGUAAGAGUAGGUCCACGUUUGUACACUAGGGGGAGCCUGAAUAUAACUACCAACAAGUUCUCAUCUAUCAGUCACCCUCCCUUCCUAAUAUUAUUUCAGCUCUUUGUGAUAUGAUGCAUUUUGUGUUUGUAAAUACUAAAUAUUUUAUAAAAGCAAUUGCAUCUAGGGCCUCCCGAGUAGUGCAGCGGUCUAAGGCACUGCAUCGCAAUGCUUGAGGCUUCACUACAGACCCGGGUUUGAUCCUAGGCUGUGUCACCUCCAGCCAUGAACCCCAUAGGGCGGUGCACAAUUCGCCCAGCGUCAUCCGGGUUAGGGGAGGGUUUGGCCAGUGGGGCUUUACUUGGCUUAUCGUGCUCUAGCGACGCCUGUUGGGGAGUUGCAGUGAUGAGACAAGAUCGUAAUUUGAUAUCACGAAAUUGGGGAGAAAAAGGGGAAGAAAAAAAAAUAUACACAUUUGUAAUCGCAUCUUCGCAUGCUUUCUUAUAGAAUUAUAACCGUGUAUUGGUUUAUGGUCCGCUCUGCUCAUAGAGGUGGUGACACACAGUAAUUGAUACUGAUCAUAAGCCGGAAUAUUGAUAAACAAAUUAGGUGGAAACCUGAAAUGUGUAGCGGCUUUUGCAGGUGCAAUGUUUAGUAUAGAUCACCAUAUGUGUAUGCAAUCACUUUGUUUUAGCUCAGUGUGUGGCCUGCCUGAGUAUACCUUGGACCACCUUGCCCCUUAACAUUAAGAUCACUUUAUUGGUCAAUUGCACACAAGGUCCAACCUAAAUGUGACUUCCGCUUUUAACCCAACCCCUCCGAAAGACACCCCUACAUACACAUAAACCCUUGCUGCUUAGUGAGGCUUGAAGGCAAAUAAACCAAUUCCAAAACAUUGCAGUUAUGAAUAAGGAAUGCAUAAUCUCCCGUUGUGCUUUUUGUAUGGCCUUGAGCAUGUAGUAGUCAGUGGGAGAUGCUGAAGUGUGCAGUAAAUUAAUAUACAGUAUAUUGUCUGCUUGAAAUUCAACUUCCACAAACAGAUGUUCCUACAGGAUGCUUUAAAUUAUUCUCCUGAUGUCUCAGUUGUGUUGCACUUCACUGUUCCCAAUGACACUAUGGCCAUGUCUGAAAUCUGUCUUGCCUACUACUUACUUAAACUGCAUAAUGUGUACUAAUCGUACUACAUACUAUUUAGAACAUACUGUUUAGCGGUUAAGAGCAUGGGCUAGUAACCCAAAGUUUGCUGGUUCGAAUCCCCGUGGCGACUAGGUGAAAAAUCUGUCAAUGUGCCCUUGAGCAAGGCACUUAACCCUAAUUGCCCCUGUAAGUCCCUCUAGAUAAGACCGUCUGCUAAAUUACAAAUCUAAAUGUAAUGUAUAAAAAAACGAAUGCAGUAAGCAACAAAUAUCAGCAUGCUAGGCUCAUUCUACUGAAAAUGUGUCAUCUAAUUCGCAAUUACGUUGAUUCCUGCCACUCGUUCAUUUUGGUACAGUGCGUCUCCUCAGCUGAUUAUGAGCUAUUGUCAGACACACGUGGGUCUCUAAAGACUAUUUUCUUCCUGAGUAGUGUGCAGCGAAUUCUACUAGAUGAAAAGCCGAAAGGAGUAUGACAUCCUGGCAUUUAAAGCAUACUACAUUCUCAAAAUUUCACAUACUAUAAAUCUUUCUGUUUUCUGAUACCCAAAAUACAUACUAUUUAGAAUGCAAGUACGGGUAUUCAGACACGGCCACGGUGUCUUUUGCCAAAGCUCCAUCCAAGGCUACUAGAGCACCGAGGUGUACUUCCAUGCUGUGACCAGCAGGGGGCUCUGUGGCACUCUGUUGUGGCUUCUGGCAGUGCAGUUCCACAGCCACUGGAGCCUCAGGGUAGACUAUGUGAAUGUCAUUAUAAAAAUGUCCACUGUCGGCCACCCAUUGAUCUUCAUCUGUUCUCUCUCUGGUAUUAAUGCAGCCUUUGAAAUUAGACAGCGGCACUGGUGAAUGUAACCCUAUUUGGGGGGGGGGGGGGGGGGGGGGUAGAUCAGCUAUGAAAUUACCAGACAAAUUUGUCAAUCAAAUAACAUUUAUUUGCAUCAUCCCCCCCCCCCCCCCCCCCCCCCCCCCCCCCCCACCCCAAAUAAAAAUUAAAUCAUCAUCAUUACCGGAGACUUCAUCUCCAUUUCUGUUGCCGGACAGACGGAUAGACAACAGCUUGUCAUGUCUGAUUGCUGUGGGGGAGAUAUGAGAGGAUGUUAAAUGGUGUUAGAGCAGUCAAGCAGAGGUCAGUCAGUGGAAAAGUCUGUAAAUGCAACCAUUGGAGAAUGCCAUGCAUUGACAAUUCAGACUUUGUAUCUGAGAGAGUGAGAGUGACUUUCUUUGAUCGUAUUUUCAGAGAUUUCAUCAGAGAUCUGCUGUUGCCUUGUCUACCCAGUGAGUUCCCAUUUUAUACCGCUCUCCAAUUCUUCCCUUUUUAAAGUUGAUAGAAACCGCUGAAUACCAAUGACCGACUGCAUCAUAGCUGAGAGAGAUGCUUCACAGACUGUCAAUCAAACAUGUUUUUUCACUCAAACCAGAUCUCAAUGUUGAUAGAUGCUCUGCCACUAACAUACAUUUAAAGAGGUGUGAAGAUUUUGUUUGCCCCUAUUAUACUUCCCUGCUUUGAAAAAUGUCAACGCAAACAUAAACCGAUUCCUUGUGUGCCCUGGCUGUUUCUUUGUCCCUCCUCCACCCCACCCCUCCCUAGCGUUAGAUUGGGUCUGCUGUUUUUAUUCAUAAAGCGACUCAGUGUAAGAGUGCUGAUCUAGGAUCAGGUUCUCCCUGUCCGUUCAUUAUCUAAAAAAGCAAAACAGAUCCUAGAUCUGCACUCCUACUCUGAAAUGCUUUAUGAAUACGGGCCUUUGUGUAUGUAGCAUAACCUCCAGACACAGUCAGAUAGUGGCUGAUGAACUGGUUUUAAAGUAACUGCCCAGUGUUUCCAGAUGUCUAUGAAAUAUGAGCUUUAUUUACUUAUAAUAUGAGUGAAGUUGUUUUCCUUCCCCCCCCCAAAAGGUAAUUAAGUAUGUUAAAAGGCUGCUUUUCUGUGUUGGAAUGGUGUGGGUGUACCCCAACAACAGAAUGGUGUGGGCAUAUAGUGGUCAUAAAAAAUAUUUAUGCAAGUAGACCGCUGAUUGGCCAGCUCAUCUUCCUCUAGAGCCCUGAUUGGCCAGCUGGUCCUCCUCAAGGAGAUGUCAUGUUCUAUGAGAAAAUAGCAAGCAUUUUUGAAACGGUCUGUUUAAGGUGGGAUUUUUUAUUUUUUUGGUCAUUUUAGCAGACACUCUUAUCCAGAGCGACUUACAGUUAGUGAGUGAUUACAUUUAUUUAUUUUUCACACUUUUUUAAAGUGUUUUUUCUGUAAUUUAUGCUUUGGCCACAAAUGCAUGUAUAGACUCCUUUCUGUGUUUGCAAACAUUGCCGCACAAUGGCGAUGCGCGCAAGUUGGUGGCAGAACACGGAGGAGAUCUUAUAGAACGCCAGCAAAAAAAGCCUCUAUUUACAUGUUGCUAAUCAGUGCAUUUCACACUACUUUUGGAUUAUAAUUGGAUUUUAAGGCUCGUAUGAAUGUCCUGCUUAAUAUAAUAUUUGUGUCAUCAUCGCAAGUCAACUGCAUUAUACUUAAAACACUUCAACUUCAAACAGUAAAAUGGCUCUUUGGCUAGCUUUUGUAUAAUUAACAUAAUAAAAAAAAUCCCCAUCAACAUCCAUCAGUUUAAGCUAGAGAUAUCCGCCAAUGUCGCCCUUCCGCAUCUGCGGUGAAAGGUGGCAGAGCUAGAGCGGUAUUUAUCAGUCCAUGAGACAUCCCGAAAAUCGAUCUUCUCACGAAAACGUCUGUGGCAUCCGACCGGUUUAAAAAAAUCAAUGAAAGUAUGGAGGUAGUUUUGUGCCUGCCCAAAAAAAAGGGGUUAAAUAUGUAUUUGUUGAAUACAAUUGCGAGUGUACACACACACACACACGAUUGUAGUAGUAGUGACAGAUGAGUGCUUUGCUUUAUUGACAUGUGCGGUGUCUUUCUCUCUCUUUCUUCUCCCACAGGUGUCCACUGCACUCACGGCUUCAAUCGGACAGGCUUUCUUAUCUGUGCAUACCUGGUAGAGAAGUUGGACUGGAGGUAAGGCCUACCAAUCCCGAUCAAUCAACACCCCACGGAAAUGUGUUUGUCACACAUUACUUCUCUGUGUGUGCAUCUCACUGCCAAAUCACAUGUUCAUGUAUUCUAACAUUGACCACACAACCAACACAAUUCCCAUAGUGGUUUGGCUUGCAUCACUUCUGUGUGUUCAGGUUGGACCCCUGUAGUCCCCUUAGGGGUGGAGCCAUGUUGCUGUGGAAGCAGACUUAAGCCUUGUGGUUGACCGGGUUGGGUUCUAUCAGAGACUUCUAUUACAACUAUUUCUGCCUGCACAAACCAUAUGAUAAGCGCCAAUACAAAACCGACCACCUCAUUGACACACCUCUGCAAUAAAAGUCUCUGGGUUCUAUAUAUGUGAUGUCACGAGGAGGGAUGCAGUCAGUAUCAGUAAAGUCACGCUUGGGGAAAGACGGAGGCUCUCAGGCUGGUGGUGAAGAGUCAACUCCACACCUGACUCCAGAGGUGCUGAAUAAUUUACCGCAGGGGAUGAGUGUGUCUUUAGGCAGAAAGAGAAUGUGGAUCUGUAAAUGGGUCUAGAAAAGGUUAGCAGAAUCUGUUAAUUCCCUUGGGGUCAGUGUUGGACGUAUAGACAGGAUGAGGAUGAACAACCUCCUCAUUCUCCCCCCUCCCAUUUCCUCUGGUUAAAUAAUCCCACAGUACACACAGACAGAGAGAGUCUGAGAUGUGCAUCAGUUCUGGUUCUGGAUGACAAUAUCACAUGUGGUUCAUAUUUCCUUUCUCACACUGUCAGCCACAGAAUCAGUCAGCAGACAUACAAUAACUACUCUGCUACUUAGCAGCGAUCUGAUCAGAUACGUUUGUUGAAUAAUUUUUGGUCAAAUAGGAUUGAUGAGCUGAGACAUCUAGGACGCUGAUAGCUUGUUGACAUCCUGUCUCUAGAGAGGUCUGCUGUGAGGCUAGAGGGCCUGACUGAUGUUUUUAUUGGAUAACAUCAGGGUUAUAUGGUGGCAACCAGCGCUGAACAAUACGGUUUUUGGCAGCAGCCAACCCAGCCAGCCAAACCUUGCACUGUUUCUCGUUCAGGUGCAUACAUCAGGGCUCUACAGUGCGACCAUUUUACUCGCAUAUGCGCCUAAAUAUUUUGCAGUGCGACCUGACAUUUUAGGAGCACCAGUGCGCCUAGAAAAAUUAAGCAUUCUAGCUUUAAUACCUCAAAUAUUUGUUAUUGUGCUCCUACAUUUCUUUGUGCGCCUACAUUUUUAAACUUAGGCGCACACAUGCUCCUUGUAAAAAAAGGUCAGCGUAGAGCCCUGUACCUGAAUUGUCAUUAAGUGGAAAAGGAAUUGGUUCAAGGGGCACAGUUUUCUCAAUCGUGUCAGACAGAAUAGAUUACACUUUCCUCCAAAACUCAUAAAUGUCAUGACAAUCCAGGGCCUGACUGAUGUUCUGUUGUGUUCCUCUGUGUGUCUCUUGAUGUGGGUCAGUGUCGAGGCGGCGGUGGCUGCGUUCGCCCAGGCCCGCGCCCCUGGGAUCUACAAAGGUGACUACCUCAAGGAGCUCUUCCGUCGCUAUGGAGAUGCGGAAGACGCGCCCGCCGCCCCCGUGAUGCCAGAGUGGUGCUUCGACGACGAUGGCGACCAGGACGACGACGGCAACGUGAUUGGCCAAGAGUCUCAGUCAGGCCCCUCCUCCUCUGAGUCGGCGCCGGGGAAACGGAGGAAGGAGAGACUAAAAUUUGUGAGACUCAGACUGACUGAGAAAAGGGAGGGCACUGGGGAAAUGGGCUGUUGCCAAGUAGAGAGACUGUGUCCCUAAUGGUACCCUAUCCCCUAUAUAGGAAAUGGGUUGCCAUUUGGGAUGCAGUCUGAGAGUGACUGAGACAGAGCACUGGGGAAAUGGGCUGUAGCUUAGGAGCGAGAGAGGAUAUCCAUUGGUUCUGCUCCAUAUGACACAUAGCUCAUGUGGUGUGACUGAGAGCCGUGUGGGACCCUCUGUGAAAUUGUUGCUCUCCAAAUAUACAUCAUAUGCCUCUUAAGUCGGUUCCGAGAGGAGACUCCUCUGAAGUGAAACGAACAGGGGCAAAUUUGCUUAAAUCACAAGAAAGGAAAGAUCCUGGGCCCUCAUCUAUUUUUCAAUCUGUAUCCCAAAUGGCACUUCUAUUUAGUGAACUACUUUGGACCAGGGCACAUAGGGCUCUGGUUGGAAGUAGUGCACUAGAUAGGGAAUAGGGUGCCAUUUGGGAUGUAGUCUCAGUCACAGACCCAAUGAGUGCACCACACCAUGGAAUGAUGGCAUUAGAUAACAUCAAAUCUUCCCCAAAUGUUAUUUCUGGGCUGUUUCCUGAGCUGUCAGGACAGUGUGUUUUGAAUAGGACGUCAAUGUUUAAAAUUUAAAAAAUAAAUAAAUAGUUAUUCUCCCAAAUAUCCAAGUCCCAACCUGUUGUGUGUCAUGUUCUCUCUUUCUCAGGGUGCUAUAUUCGUGGAGGGGGUCACAGUGAAAGGCGUCACACAGGUCACCGUACAGCCUAAACUGGCCGAGAUCCAACGGAAGUGUCAGGAGUUUGCGGAAUGGGAAAAGUGAGGAUUCUUUCACUCUACCAAUCUCUUUCUAAAUCUCUCUCUCUUUGUCAUAUCUACCCGUCUGGUAGCACUGUGUGUGUGACUCACUCUUACUGGAUCGUUCUAUAGGCUUUGUACUGUUAUAGGCGUCCGCAUGCUUCCCAUCUGAAACAGUUUGUGCAUAUAUUAUGACGACAUUUUGUGACGUUUUGGUCUUCGGCGAGGGUUCUUUCGUGCGCAUGCCAUUUUUUUUUUUAGGCAAGUCGAAGGUUGGUAGCCAAAGUCUAUGCCCCUUCGUCUGUGAUUGGUUAACAGUAAGGAUUCUUCAAUGAAGUGUUUGUCAUUCAACGAGAGACUCGUUUUUCAUGCACAUUUUUUAAAUAGAGAAAUACUGCACCAAACAUCUGAGUUGGAUGUAAAAUUGUGUGGCUAAGACCUCGGAACAAAAUAACUCAAGAAAUCUAAUAUUUUUUAGAUGAAUUCUGACUAUUUUGAGGAAGUGUAUACUGGGUACGGCGUCUCAAGAGGGAGAGAGUACUAUUGCCACUUUUGUCUCGUUUUUCGAGCGGUCUUUUAAGCAAGUAUGCAAGGCACAGACAUUCACUUCGCCUGUUCUGCUAGGAGCAACUCAAACCUAGUAUGCAGACGCUUUGAGACACCAGGGUAGGAAAUGACUGUUCUGCCGUAGAUGUCUUUCUUUACUAGCGAUAUGGAGGAAUUGUGUUGUUUCAGCUCUACAGCCUCAUAAUGUUUCAUAUAAGAGAGGAGUUUCAUAUAAGAGUUUAUAAAGCCUUCUGAAUUUCCAGUCCCUGAUGUUCUCACCAGGACAUUGUUGAUUAAAAAAAGUUGUAUUCUGUGUGUGUUCUAGGUCCGGGUUUCCAGGUGCUCAGCCCGUGUCCAUGGACAGGCGGAACCUUCGCUUUCUGGAACAGAAUCCCUACAAGGUCAGCUGGAAGGCAGACGGCACA